AUGGGAAAUAAAAAAUCAAUUAAUGCUCCGCUAUCAAACAUUGUGACAAUGGCAAAUGGAAGCUCUCGUAAAAAUGAAGAACCAAUAACCCUAGUUUGGUAUGAGGAAUGGAAUGGUAAUGAUUUAUCACAUGAUGAUAAAAUUUUUCGAAGACAAACACUUCGACAAAUAAACGAUUACGUUCUAUUUUUCCAAGAUAAACAUGAUUUUUUACAUUAUAUUCAUUUGAAUCAAGAUGAACAAAUAUUUAUUAUUAUUGUACCAUACUGUCAUUCAGAUGAAUUAUUAUCAAAUAUUCAUAUAUUAAAACAAAUCUAUUCAAUCUUUUUAUACUCUACUGUUGGUCGUAAUAAAUAUACAAGAUUAUUAACAGAAAAGUAUUCUAAAAUAAUUGGUUGUUUUAUUAAUCAACAAGAAUUGAUGGAUAUAUUACAAAAACGGAUUAAACUAUUAAUGAGGCAAUCAGCAAUGUUCAAUUUAUAUGAUGAUAAAAAGCAGAUGACAGCACGUGAUUUAACGAAAGAGUCAGGUUCAUUUCUAUUUUUUCAAUUAUUCAGACAUAUUACAUUAAUUACAAAAAAAAACAAUGAAUCAAAACGAACGAUGGUAGCAAAAUGUCGUGUUUACUAUCAUGAUAAUAAAAAACAACUAGAAAGUAUUUCACUAUUUGAGCGAACUUAUCAAUCAUCCGAAGCUAUCUAUUGGUAUACAAGAGAUACAUUUGUUCAUCGUAUUAUCAAUAAAGCACUGAGAACAGAAGAUAUCAUAGUAUGUUCAAAUAUCACGAGAACAUAA